AAAAGUCAUAGCAACAACUGAGUUUGCUGUCUCACUACCCUCAGCCGAGGCCAACCCAGAUGAGGUGGCCUCUACAUUUUAUAUGAAGGCCCUGAUUUGCCAUUCAUCUGGGACCCACCUUAUAACAUGGCAGUCCAAUGCAGACGGGAAGAUAAAACUGAACAGCACAACUAAAAUAAAGUAGUCCCAGAAUCCCAAGUGUGGAACUAGGAUGAAGUUGACCAGUGAAAAGUUGCCCAAGAACCCCUUUCAUGCCUCUCUAUCCCAGUAUGCUGCUAAGAACCAGAAAUUCUUCCAGUGGAGAAAGGAAAAGACUGAUCGUUAUAGCCAUGCUAAUCUGGUGGAUAAGGCAUUGCAACUCUUGAAAGAAAGAAUAAGAAGAGGGGACACUCUGGCAUAUUUCCUACGAGGUCAACUAUAUUUUGAAGAGGGAUGGUAUGAAGAAGCAUUAGAACAGUUUGAAGAAAUCCAGGAGAAAGAUCAUCAAGCAAUUUACCAGCUAGGAGUGAUGUAUUAUGAUGGACUGGGGACUGCUACAGAUGCCGAGAAAGGAGUGCAGUUUAUGAAGAAAAUUCUUGAUUCUCCAUGCCCCAAAGCAAGACACUUAAAAUUUGCAGCUGCUUACAACCUUGGAAGAGCUUACUAUGAAGGAAAAGGUGUGAAACGAUCAGACGAGGAAGCUGAAAGACUGUGGCUUUUUGCUGCAGACGAUGGAAAUCCAAAAGCAAGUGUGAAGGCUCAAGGUAUCCUUGGGUUGUAUUAUUCAACAAAGGAGCCGAGAGAGUUAGAAAAGGCAUUUUUCUGGCAUUCAGAAGCAUGUGGCAAUGGAAAUCUGGAGUCCCAGGGUGCACUUGGGCUCAUGUACUUCUACGGACAAGGCAUCCGCCAAGACACCGACGCUGCCCUACACUGCUUACGGGAAGCAGCACAACGGGGCAAUGUCUAUGCUCAAGGGAACCUCGUGGAGUAUUACUAUAAGAUGAAGUUUUUCACAAAGUGUGUGGCCUUUUCCAAAAGGAUUGCUGACUAUGAUGAGGCUCAUGACAUUCCCAUGAUUGCCCGGGUCACAGACUGUCUCCCGGAGUUCAUCAGCAGAGGCAUGGCCAUGGCGUCCUUCUACCACGCAAGGUGUCUUCAGCUGGGCUUGGGCAUCCCCAAGGAUGAAGCAACAGCUAAACACUAUUAUUCCAAAGCUUGUCGCCUGAAUCCUGCAUUGGCAGAUGAACUUCACUCCUUACUUAUUCAUCAAAGAAUUUAGACCACAAUGCAUUUCAACAAAGGUCAUCAAGUGUAACACCAUACAACGUGUUUAUUUUUUAUAGCAGCUACGUUUGGUUAUUUUCUGCAUCCCAGUACAGGUGACAUGUUAUCUUCAUUCUUGAACUUGUAUGCUGUAAUGUUCGCAACUUAAAACCUAGACACAGGACCACACUGCUGGAAGAGUUCUCAGAGAUCUACCUCCUAUCCCAUAGGCUUUCAUAGACCAUACUAAAUAUUGAAACCAAUCUAUAAAGAUAAUAACCCAGGCCUCACCUGGAAUGUUUUCAAGUAGCUUUUGCUGUGCUCUCUGUUUUGUUUCCUGACUUUGCUCUUCACUUCUG